GUCAUUAAUUGUCAGUGUGACGUAUGUGACGUACAGGAACGGUGCAACGGAAAUUUUGAUCGUAAAAUUUUUGUCGUUUUAUUUUUUAAUUCGUUGUUGAAACUAUUCUCAAGUAGAGUUUUAAUUGGUAAAGUUUUGGUGCCUAGUUUAAAUACAAGAGAAAAAUGGGAGACGAAAACAGAAUUCGUUCGUUUAAAAACAAAGGCAAGGAUUGUGAAGAAAUGCGUCGCAGACGUGCAGGACAGACCAUCGAACUCAGAAAAGCAAAGAAAGAGGACCAGCUAUUAAAGAGAAGAAAUAUAUCUUUACAAGAAGAGGCUUCAACUCCUCUUCAAGAGAACAACUCUGUGUCGCUUGUUACCAUGUCUGCUGAAGAAAUCUUGAUGGGAAUGAUGAGCCCUGAUGAGAAUCUCCAAUUUAAGGCAACUCAAGCCUGCCGCAAGAUGCUGAGUCGGGAGAGAAAUCCACCAAUAGAUCACAUGAUUCGUUUGGGAGUUGUCCCACGAUGUGUUGAGUUUUUGGGCAAGACACACAAUCCAUCCUUGGUGUUUGAAGCUUGCUGGGCCCUUACAAACAUCGCAUCUGGCACAUCCGAGCAAACAGCCGCCGUGGUUCAAGAAGGCGCUCUUCCCAAACUCCAACAACUCCUCUCUUCAAAUCGUAUCGACGUAGUAGAGCAAGCAAUUUGGGCAAUUGGUAACAUCGCAGGUGAUGGACCUGAAAGCCGCGAUUUGGUGCUAAACUACGGCGUUUUACCCAGUCUUAUCAGCUUGAUCAAACCAAACACAACCUUGUCUUUGUUACGCAAUACAGUAUGGGUUAUUUCCAAUCUUUGCCGCAAUAAAAAUCCUUACCCCGAUUUUGAAUUAGUCAAACCGGCUUUGCCUGUCUUGGCGAGGCUUUUGUCGCACGAUGAUAAGGAUGUUUUGGCUGAUACAUGUUGGGCUUUGAGUUAUUUAACCGACGGUAGUAAUGAGAAGAUUCAAGCUGUGCUUGACACUGGCUUGAUUGAUCGCUUAGUUAUGCUUUUGUAUAGUGAGGAAAGCACCGUCCUAACUCCGGCUUUGAGAGCCGUUGGUAACAUUGUUACCGGAAAUGAUCACCAGACUGAUAUGGUAAUUAAUGCCGGGGCUUUAGAUUGUAUGAUACGUUUACUGCAACAUAGUAGGCUAAAUAUCGUCAAAGAAGCUGCUUGGACAGUUUCAAACAUUACUGCCGGAAAUAGUGAGCAAAUACAAAAAGUCCUAGAUACUGGAAUUUUGCCUUAUCUUCUUCACGUCCUACAAACCGGCGACUUUAAAUCACAAAAAGAAGCAGCUUGGGCAGUUACUAAUUUCACAAGUGGAGGAACUUCAGCUCAAUUGGCACAGCUUGUAGAAAUGGGAGCUUUGAAACCUAUGUGUAAUCUCUUGAAUUCCAAAGACAGUAAAACCAUUAUUGUAGUACUGGAAGGGCUUAAUAAUAUUUUAUCGGCCGCUGCUAAGUUAAAUCAAGCUGAAAGAGUCGCCAUAAUGAUUGAGGAGUGUGGCGGUUUGGAUGGAAUUGAAGCUUUGCAGAGUCACGACAAUGAGAAAGUUUACGAAAGGGCUUUGCAUAUUAUCGAAAAUUAUUUCGCCGAUGGCGAGGAAGGAAUGACCGCUACUGUUACAAAUGGCCAGAUUGAAUUUGCUACUCCCAAUAUGACUGACCAACAACAAUCACCAUUUUCCUUCUAACUUUCUAUUGAUUGAUUUAGUUAAAGUGAAGCGUCAUUCCUUAGUGUGUAACUGUCAUGUUUUUGUAUUUUUAUAGUAUGUAUUACAAAUAUGUUCCCAGUUUUCGAAUUAAAAAUGUAUGUUAAAUCUUG